AUGGUCCAAUCGUCCACGCGUCCGAGCGUGACUGACGGCGAUGACCUCGCGCGCGCGCAGCCGGGAUGGUACGGGUCGUUUAAUUCACCGUAUUACGCGUCGACGCACGAAAAGUUUCGAGCAAAGGUGCGAGCGUUCGUCGAACGCGAAGUCGCGCCGCGGACGCACGAGUGGGACGAGACGAAGACGAUUCCGAGGGAGGUGUACAGGAAGACGUACGAGGCGGGGAUCAUGCCCGCGGUCGUGGGGAAACCGUGGCCGAAAGAACUGGUGCCGGAGUGUCCGGAGCCGGAGGGGUUCGAUUACUUUCACGAGCUCAUCGUUUUCGACGAAUUCGCCAGGUGCGGGAGCGGCGGCGUGCUCUGGGGGUUGUUGGAGGGCAUACACAUCGGUUUACCCCCGGUGCUGAACUUUGGGAGCGAAGACCUGAGGCGCAGAGUCGGUGCGCCGUGCUUGCGCGGCGAGGGGAUCAUAUGCCUCGCUAUCACCGAGCCGUACGCCGGGAGCGACGUGGCGAACAUACGGUGCGAGGCCAAGUUGGAUCCGAGUGGGAAGUUUUACAGCGUUACCGGCGAGAAGAAGUGGAUCACGAACGGGAUCUGGGCCGAUUACUUCACCGUGGCCGUGCGCACGGGUGGGCCCGGGAUGGGUGGAAUCUCUUUGCUCGUCAUCGAACGCUCCAUGCCGGGAGUGGACUGUCGACGAAUGGACUGCAUGGGCGUGUGGGCGAGCGGGACCACGUUCAUCACGUUCGAGGACGUCAAGGUUCCGGUGGAGAACCUCAUCGGCAACGAAAACGAGGGAUUUAAGUACAUAAUGCACAACUUUAACCACGAGAGAUGGGGUUUCGUGAUUCAGGCGAACAGGUUUGCGCGCGUGUGUUACGAAGAAUCGUUCAAGUAUGCGCACCGCCGACGCACCUUCGGGAAGCCGCUCAUCGAACACCCGGUGAUUCGACACAAACUCGCGGAGAUGAUACGACAAGUUGAGGCUACGCACUGUUUGCUGGAGACGAUUACGUAUCAGAUGAACACGAUGACCAAGGAAGAAGCCGCGAAGGCGCUCGCGGGCAUCACCGCGUUGGCGAAAGUGCAGAGCACAAAGGUAUUUGAGUUUUGCGCCAGGGAGGCUGCGCAGGUGUUCGGCGGGGCCUCGUACGUGCGAGGAGGUCAGGGAGAAAAGGUGGAACGUCUUUACCGUGACGUGCGCGCCUACGCCAUCCCAGGCGGGAGCGAAGAGAUCAUGUUAGACCUCGGCGUGCGACAAGCGAUGAAGCAAUGGAAAAUAGCGCAGUCGCGCCUGUAA